CUCCAUCCCAGCUCUGCUGUCCUUCCUUCCCUGCCCAAGCCUUCACCUUGCUCUGCAGCCCAGGACAGUGACUGUUCCCGGACGGAGAGCGGAGGAGCAGCAGGGUGGAUGAGAGAAGGAAAAUGCAGACAGAGAAGCACCUCACAGGAACACUGGUCCUCUCUGUCUUCACUGCGGUUUUGGGCUUCUUCCAGUAUGGCUACAGCCUGGGGGUCAUUAAUGCCCCCCAGAAGGUGAUAGAAGCGCACUACGGGCGCGUGCUGGGCAUUGUGUCCCCAGACAGAUACUCCACCAAUGCCUCCGGGGAGGAUGGCACGUUCCUCCAGGCUGGCACAGAGGGCACACUCCCACCCCCGACUGACGGCAGUGAGGAGCUCGCUGCCUCCCCACACAUCCUCACCAUGUACUGGUCCCUGUCCGUGUCGGUGUUUGCUGUUGGAGGCAUGGUCUCCUCCUUCACCGUGGGCUGGAUCGGCGACCGGCUCGGGAGAGUGAAAGCCAUGCUGGUGGUGAACGUCCUCUCCAUUGCUGGGAACCUCCUCAUGGGGCUGGCGAAAUUUGGGCCAUCCCACAUCCUCAUCAUCUCCGGGAGAGCGGUCACGGGGCUGUACUGCGGGCUCUCCUCGGGACUCGUGCCCAUGUAUGUCAGCGAGGUCUCUCCCACGGCCCUGCGAGGAGCGCUGGGGACGCUGCACCAGCUUGCAAUUGUCACAGGCAUCCUCUUCAGCCAGAUCCUUGGACUAGACUUUCUUCUGGGCAAUGACGAGAUGUGGCCCCUGCUGCUUGGCCUGUCUGGCGUGGCUGCCCUGCUGCAGUUCUUCCUGCUUUUACUGUGCCCUGAGAGCCCUCGAUAUCUUUACAUCAAACUGGGGAAGGUGGAGGAAGCUAAAAAAAAUUUGAAAAGGCUCAGAGGAAACUGUGAUCCAAUGAAAGAGAUUGAAGAGAUGGAAAAGGAAAAGCAAGAAGCUGCUAGUGAAAAGAAAGUCUCCAUAAGACAGCUUUUCACCUCUUCCAAGUACAGGCAGGCUGUCAUUGUGGCACUGAUGGUGCAAAUAUCCCAGCAGUUCUCAGGAAUCAAUGCGAUCUUUUACUACUCCACAAACAUUUUCGAGAGAGCUGGGGUUGACCAACCAGUUUAUGCAACCAUCGGUGUUGGAGUGGUGAACACGGUCUUCACUGUUAUCUCUGUCUUUCUGGUGGAGAAGGCGGGCAGGCGGUCCCUGUUCCUGGCAGGUUUGAUGGGCAUGUUAGUCAGCGCUGUGGCCAUGACAGUUGGGCUUGUGCUCCUGAGCCAGUUUGCCUGGAUGAGCUACGUCAGCAUGGUCGCAAUCUUCCUCUUCGUCAUCUUCUUCGAGGUGGGGCCCGGGCCCAUCCCCUGGUUCAUCGUGGCCGAGCUGUUCAGCCAGGGCCCGCGCCCUGCCGCCAUCGCCGUCGCCGGCUUCUGCAACUGGGCCUGCAACUUCAUCGUGGGCAUGUGUUUCCAGUACAUAGCAGAUCUGUGUGGACCAUACGUGUUUGCAAUCUUCGCGGGUCUGCUCCUCAUCUUCCUGCUGUUUGCGCACUUCAAAGUGCCGGAGACGAAAGGAAAGUCCUUUGAGGAGAUUGCAGCUGUGUUCCGCCGCAAGAAGCUCUCGGCCAAAGCCAUGACUGAGCUGCAGGACCUGCGACGCAGCGAGGAGGCAUAGACAUCCCAUGCACCCAGAAAGGAGGGACUGGGCAUGCACGACUGGGCAUGCACCUCCUUCAGGCACCAUGGGAAGAAUGCUGGGCAAAAGUCUCGUUUCACAAAAACCUUGCAGCUGGCAGACCAGGCGAACCCAUCCAUCGGAUUCCUUCUGGCUGCUGCAGUUCACACCUCCCAGCCACAGGUGCUAACCUGGCAUUUUACUCUGAGACACUUGGGACAACUGGGCUGCAGGUAGAGCUAGGGAAAGGACAGGAGGAGUACAGUACAUGUCCAUCUCAAUGCCCUUCUGGAAGAGCCCAGUGGGACAGUGAUCUUGCCAGACAGCAUUGAGCAGGGCCAUCUCGUAGCUGAAAUGAAGGAAAGAGGGGCUGGCUGAUGCUGCAGCCUCAUGUUUUCACUUUUUUAUCCCCAUCUCUCUGCUUCAUUCUGCUGAGUGACCUGAGCCACCAGCACACAGCACUGCUCACCGAGGUGCUAAGGAAACAGGUGGAGCAAACACCCCCUUACUCUUGCUUCUGCAGAGGAAGAUGGUGGAUCCCACCUGAGCUGGUUGGGAUGUACUUCCCUUGCUUUGCUAUCUCUGCAUUAUGGAAAUGCUGUCUGAUCUCAUAUGGAUUUCUCAGUUGCAAUAUUUUUUUGGAGAAUCUUAGAAACUGUGGCUGGGCUGAUGGGUAUUUUUCCUACAUUUCGGCCAGAAUAUUUAGCUCUCUCUUUCCUCCCAGGAAGCCUCUCCUCUCCUCUCCUCCUUCUCACUGCUGCAGCACAAGGCAUAGCACAACACUGACCACACAAAAAACCUGGGCACUCUUGGCCUCCAUGUGAGGAGAUUCGAGUCCUGCUGUCACCCCUUCCAUGGUGUGACCAUUGCCAGGGCACCUCCUUCCCUUCCUUUCAUACAGUGCUCCAGACCCACAGGCUCCAGGUCCAGCCAAAGGCUCAGGGUGCUCAUAGAGCAACAAUUACUGAUGACCCAAAGAAGAUAUUGGAAGGUUAACUGGAAAGUGCCACUUACCUAACCUCCAUUUUGCAUCACUUAGCAUUUUGCUGGCUGGAUGUGCUUCAGCCAAGAUAGUGUGCAAGCAGGAGGUCAUGCUGUUUCCAUAGCCUUGUUUGUGCUCCUUUUGCUUUUUUAUGAGACAUUUUUAUGUGGCAGAAUCAAACUCCAAGGAUUUUUCUUCCUUUUUUGGGGGCGUAUUUUGUAACCAUUGUAAAAGCCUGCUCUCUGCUUGACUUUUAAGACUUGCAUGUUCCUUGUUGUGUUACCAGGUUACUUUUUAGCAAUUUUUUCAGGGUAGAAACCCAUUAUUUAUUUAGAGAUGAAACACCAGCAUUGCUUGGUCACUGUGUGCUCACCAGGGCUGCUGGUGAAGCAGUGGCCAAAAUGUAACAGAUAAUUGAGCAUAAUGAAAAGCGCAAAAUAGAUGGGCUGAGGAGGAUCAUGCUGCUGCUAUGGGUUUGGUUUUACGAGAGGUUCACGCUCCUUUCCAUGUGCCUGAACUUUUUUUCCUUUGUAGACUUUACUGUCUUGGUAUCAAGACCCUACAGCACACUCUGGUCACUUCCAAGUGAUGACAAGUGCAGCCACAAGGUCCACUGGCAGAAAUGCCUGUCCCUGGUGUGUGCACUGAAGCAGUAAGAUUGCACCAAAGGCUUUGCUGGAGUGACUGCAGGGAUUUAACUAGAGGAGAACUGGGUCAGUGCUGUCAUGUGCUGCAGUGGUGGGUGACCCAGGUCUGACACAGGGCAUGCAGGGCUGUUGGAACCAGAGCCAGGGGCACAGGCCUGUGUGGAGCUGUCCAUCUGUGUCCAUCUCCCCAGGCGAGACCAACAGCCACGGCAGGCUCAGAAGCUCUCCACUGGCUCUGUUUACUGUAACUUAAAUAUAAUGGAUUAUCUGAAUGUACAUUGUUAUCUAGGUCUGUUAGAUAAAAGAUGAACAACAUCUAUGUC